AUGAGGUUGCAGAAAAAACCGCAAAGUCCUGUACAGUUAUUCCAACUUAUGAAUGUAGACGUACUGAGCUUGCGCAAGCUUCGAACUUUAAUGACCACUUUGGAAAAAGGUGUCUCAAAUUCAACAUCGAAUCAGGAUAAUAGUUCUUUUCAGAAACUAUCAAAUGAAUCACCAACUGAAUUGCUUGAAGUUGGCGAUGAUAACGAUUCCGUGUCGGAGAAUUCAGUUCACAAUUUGAGUAUUUGCCUAAUGGAGUGCCUAUUCCUGGUGUUGCUCGACGCAGAACUUCUUAUUUUCCUGAACUAAACUCUACUACUAGGGCUACUUCUACUGCCACACCUAUUUCUUCUGCCGGGUUUUCACCACCUGCCGAGCCUUGCCUUCGUGCCAGGUCUAGGUCA